GUGAAUUGUGAGGAGCAGCCAUCUUGGAGUAUGAGGCAAGAACGGGGAAAGGGUGUGAGAGGGAACAGCGAGAGUCUUUUCUUUGCAUCCGGCUGGUGCGAAGACUCCUGCCCCCUUCCCAAGGCACCCAUGGGUCCUUCGGCUCUCCUGCUCUUUCUUCUCUGGCUCCCGCUCGCCUUCGUGCUGCCAAGCAAAGCAUCUCAAGAAAUCACCAAUGUAACAACAAGUUCCAACAAUGCCACCUUCUACCAGUUGUCCGAUUACCUGCUGACCAACUACAAGAAAGGUGUCCGUCCCGUGAAGGACUGGAGGCAGAUUACCACUGUGGCUAUAGACAUCAUGGUCAACGCCAUCCUCAGCGUGGAUGAAAAAAACCAAGUUCUGACAAUCUACAUCUGGUACAGACAGUGUUGGAUCGACGAGUUUCUUCAGUGGAACCCGGAGGAUUUCGACAACCUCACCCGGAUGUCCAUUCCCACUGAAGCCAUUUGGGUUCCAGAUAUCCUGAUCAAUGAAUUUGUGGAUGUGGGUAAGUCCCCCAACAUUCCCUACGUCUACAUCUUUCACACUGGAGAGGUGCAGAACCUCAAGCCAGUCCAGGUGGUGACCGCCUGCAGCCUGGACAUCUACAACUUCCCCUUUGACGUGCAGAACUGUUCCCUCACCUUCACCAGUUGGCUACAUAACAUCCAAGACAUCAAUAUCUCUCUGUGGCGGUCCCAAGAAGCUGUGAAAACCGACAAGAGAAUCUUCAAGAACCAGAGUGAAUGGGAACUUCUGUAUGUGCUGAGCUAUUUCAAGGAGUUUGGAAUGGAAGACAACUUCAAUGAGAGUUACGCAGAGAUGAAGUUCUUUGUGGUCAUCCGGAGACGCCCGCUCUUCUAUGUCGUCAACCUGCUGCUCCCCAGCAUCUUCCUCAUGGUGAUGGACAUCGUGGGCUUCUACCUGCCCCCUGACAGUGGGGAGAGGGUCUCCUUCAAGAUCACUCUGCUGCUGGGUUAUUCGGUCUUCCUGAUCAUCGUGACUGACACCUUGCCAGCCACUGCCAUCGGCACCCCACUGAUUGGGGUCUAUUUUGUGGUCUGCAUGGCCUUGCUGGUCAUCAGCUUGACGGAGACCAUCCUCAUCGUGCGGCUCGUUCACAAGCAGGAUCUUCAGCCUCGCGUCCCCAAGUGGGUGAAGCGCUGGGUGCUGGAGCGAGCCGCCCUCCUGCUGUGCAUCAGAGACAGGAGUGCCUCCUGCCUUGUUCGUACUCAGAGCUCUGACAUCUCCCGGAAUGUGGAGAGCAACGGCAGCACAGCCAAACUGAACCACUACAGCGGUGAAACCAUGAGAGACUAUGACGGCUCAGGAGACGGGACGGUGCCCCAGGCUCAGGGAGGGGGCCCACACGUGUUUGAAAGCAUCCUUCAGGAGAUUGCAGCCAUCCGCCAGUUCCUGGAGAAACGGGAUGAAUUCUGCAACAUUGCCCGUGAAUGGCUGCAGGUAGGCUACAUCCUGGACGUGCUGCUUUUCCGGGCCUACCUGAUCACAGUUCUCACCUAUAGCAUAACCCUGGGAACUCUGUGGUCCAUCUGGCAGUAUGCCUAAGACACCCCCUCCUCUCACCAUAUAGGCCACCUGCAUCUGAGUCUCACACUCCAUGAGUCUUUUAGACAUGCUCUGACUCCUUGGUAUCUAUUAAAAAAUGAAAGCCCAGGCUUUGAGGUUCUUUGUCUCUUAAGACUCUUAAAACUAGUCCAUGUGUAUCUGUUUCCAUAACCACACUGCCAUGUUCACCAAACUGGGCCAUGUCCCCCACUCACAGCUGUCCAAAUACAUGGAAAGGCCUAUCAUUGCUCCUACAUGAUGUCUUAAAAUAUAUUUCAGAUGCACAUCAGUAAAAAAAUUGUCAGGAAAAACCUUUAAGGGCAAUCUCUGUUUCAGAGCCCCAGACCAGGUGGGCAAAGCAGAGGAAGAGUAAACUUUGAAUAAAAGGAGAGGUGGCAGCCAGCUAACCCCCCGUCCUGUCUUUUCUGCCGGGCUCCUUCAUUAACAACAUUCUACUUUGGACCAGAUCCAUUCCCACCUCCUCCUCUGAGCCAAGGAGUCCCAGCUUGGUCAUAUCCUGGCACCGAACCCAUUUUGUCCUGUCCGUACCUAUUGCAAGGUCACAGUCCUGCAACUGAAAUCUCUCCAUCUGAGGAAACUGUGCUUCUAGGUACCAGGAAAAGAGGGUUCCUCUGUGCAGACUCAGUGACAGUGGAGAGCUCAUAUCUACACACUGACACCAACUCUCUGCCUACUAGGUGUUUAGCUUUCUUGAAUUUGUCCUUUUGGCCUUUCUGUGGCUCAUGUUCCACCAGAUCUCUCCCUCUCUUCCUUCCCUGCAAAUCUUUCCUUGUUGGGGACAAUAUUUUUAUCAGUCUAGAAACAUUUCCCAGCCAUUGAUUUCCCCAGACUGGAUGGUACUGAGAGUGUUUGCCCAUUUUUGUAAAUAGCAUUGUAUGCCACCUGCACAGUGGAUGGUAACUGGUGCUAAUCUCGCCUUUGCACCGUCUUGUUAAGAAAACGGUUUUUCUCUGGAUACUCUGCCCCUUGUUGGGCAGUAAACUUGAUGCUACUGAAGUUAAACUGAACAUCCUGGAAUACCAUCAUGUAGAAGAGUUAAAAGCUGGAAGAGGGGUUUAAAGUUGGUAAGGAAUCUGAAGCAGCUACAAUACUCAGACCAAUUUUUAAGAAAGAAAAAUUGAUGCACUUGGGAAGAAAAUGCUCUUUCAAAGGAGAUCAGAUGGUAUCUUCCAUUGGGCCAAUUCCUGCUGAUGCAGAAAUGUACAAGUGUUAGUCCUAAUCUUGAGAAAAGUAGUUGCCCUUCAGCUCCAUAGAAAUUAAUGGGAAAAGUUAGUGACAGAUAAUUCCCAUUUGUUUCAGUGAGAUUAUUAGAAGACUUCUUCCAGAUUUGAUUUAACUCAAAGCCUCUCUUCUUCUGUUUUUUUCUUUUGCCCUGAAAAGAAAUCUAUUUAUCUGUGAUAUUUCUAUACCCUUGUUUGUUGUACACUCAAAGCUAUUAAAAAUUAUUUAUCAGCAACAGAA